GCUGCGUCCAGCAUCGAUCGGGAGUGACUUUGUCGUCAUGUUGACGGUUCCUGGUACGAAGCCCCGCUUGUUGACGAGCAGCGGGUCGAUGUCUCAAAGGUCGCCGUGGAUCGUGGCUGUUCUGCGGGACACUGACCUGAGUUCAGCUCAGACUGCACACACCUGCCUGCCUGAGCCCUCACAGCCUUACCUGCGCAGGAUGAGGUCUACCGUCUGCUUGUUGAUCCUGGCAUUCCUGCCUUUACUGUCCGCCGCUCAGCUCCUGGACAUCUGCAACGCCCGACCCAGAGACCUGGCCUUGGAGCCGCGCUGCGUCUACCGCAGCCCUGAUCCAGAGGAGCCCGACGAGCCGACGCCGGAGCCGCGGCCCGUCAACCCCAGAGUCUGGGAGCUGUCCAAGGCCAACAGCCGCUUCGCCCUGUCUCUGUACAAGCAGAUGGCCCGCAGCCGCACCGCCGAGGAAAACAUCUUCAUGUCGCCCCUCAGCAUCUCCACCGCGUUCGCCAUGACCAAGCUGGGCGCCUGCAACCAGACGCUGGAGCAGAUCAUGAAGGUGUUUGAGUUUGACACCAUCAAGGAGAAGACCUCUGAUAUGAUCCACUUCUUCUUUGCCAAACUGAACUGCCGUCUUUACAGGAAGAAAGACAAGACCACGCUGCUGGUCUCCGCCAACCGCUUGUUUGGAGACAAAUCGCUCUAUUUUAACGAGACGUACCAGAACAUCAGUGAGACCGUCUACGGGGCCAAACUGAUGCCUCUCAACUUCAAGGCAAACCCAGAAGCUGCUCGGAUCACCAUCAACGAAUGGAUCUCCAACAAGACAGAAAACAGGAUCAGGGACACCCUUCCAGCAGGAGCACUGGACUCCAACACAGCUUUGGUUCUUGUCAACACCAUCUACUUCAAGGGUCAGUGGAAAAACAAGUUUCCCAAAGAGAACUUGAGUCCCUCAGACUUCCACGUCGAUGCGAGUCGCACCUGCCAGGUCGACAUGAUGUACCAGGAGAUCAAGUUCAACUACAAGGACUUGCCCGAUGAGAAGGUGCAGCUGCUGGAGAUGCCAUACAGAGGAGAGGACAUCACCAUGGUGAUCAUCCUGCCCAGCAGAGGCCAUCCGCUCAGUCAGGUGGAGGAGAACCUGGACCAGAAGAAGCUGAACAGCUGGAUGGACCAGAUGCAGGAGACCACCGUCUCCGUCUCCGUGCCUCGCUUCAGGCUGGAGGACAAGUUCAGUCUGAAGGAGAAGCUGCAGCAGAUGGGACUGACGGACCUGUUCAGCGCAGACAACGCCAGCCUGCCAGGAAUCCUGGAGGACGGCAGCGAAACGCUCUUUAUCUCCAACGCCUACCACAAAGCCUUCCUGGAGGUAAACGAGGAGGGAAGUGAAGCCGCCGCCUCCACGGCCGUCGUGGCCGUCGGACGCUCCUUCAACUUCAACCGCGAGUUCUUCAACGCUGACCGGCCCUUCCUGGUGAUCAUCAGAGAGUCGAGCCUCAACACGCUGCUGUUCAUGGGCCGCGUGUCCGACCCCUGCGAACAAUAAAGCCGUCCAGCUCA